CUUUAUACUUUGCGCAUGUACGGUCGAACUGAACAGUGCAUCGACUCCAAGAUGGCGUUAACACGUCUGGCUUGCAUUCUGGUCCUCCUCUCAACUCACUGCUACUUCAUUGUGUUGGCAGUAAUACUGAGAACAACGAAUGAGGCACCAUGGGCCAAUGAGUUUGAAUCUGUCGAACUCUCCUGUCUGAUAGAGUCUAUCUCCACAAACAACCCCAGAGUCGAAUGGAAGAAGAUUAAGAAUGGGGUGCCGAGCUAUGUCUAUUUUGGGAACCAGGUCUCAGGGGAUUUGGAGAGCAGAGCAAGGGUCAGAGAGCCUGCAACAUUAGUGAUAACCAAUGCCACGAGAUUGGACUCAGCCAGUUAUCGUUGUGAGGUUACUGCCCCCGAUGACCAGAAAUCCUUUGAUGAGAUUCUGAUCAACCUUGUUGUAAGAGUGAAACCAGUGGUACCAAAAUGCACCGUCCCCAAAUCGGUGCCUGUAGGAAAGGCAGCAGAACUGCGCUGUGUGGAGGAAGAGGGUUUUCCCAAAUCUCAGUACCAAUGGUUCCGCAACAAGGAGGAAAUCCCAGAUGACCCCAAGACCAGCCCCAAGUUCUUCAACUCCUCCUACGUACUCAAUGCUGAAACGGGCAUCCUGAAAUUCAGUGCAGUCAUAAAGGAUGACUCGGGAGAGUAUUUCUGCCGAGCAAAGAAUGACGCAGGUCAAUCAGAGUGUGGGCCUCAAAAGAUGGAAGUUUAUGAUAUCAACAUUGCUGGGAUCAUUCUGGGAGUUCUGGUGGUGGUGCUAGUGCUGUUGUGUAUAACAGUGGGCAUCUGCUGCGCGUACAAGCGAGGCUACUUCGCCAGCCAGAAACAGACAGGAAACAAUUACAAAGCCCCAGCUAAAGGAGAUGGGGUGGACUAUGUCAGAACAGAAGAUGAAGGCGACUUCCGACACAAAUCUUCAUUUGUCAUCUGAAGAGGAAUUUAAAAGGCAUGGAAAUGAAAGGCAUUAUACUUUGGAUUGAACUCAUUAUGUUUGUGAGAAGACCAGUUUAGCUGCCACAAUACUACGUGCCUUGAGCUCUCAGCACGUCUCAAACAAUUCAAGUUUGCCAAAGGUGAAGCGUUUUCACAAAUCUAUAUAACUAUUAACCAUUGUUAUAGACACAGACAAUUAUUGAAACCUACUGUCAUCACCAAACAACGGAGUUUGCCAAAUUUUUGUUUUUGUAUUACAGUAAUUGCAUGUUUCAUAGGGUUUUAACACCAUCUGCUAGAAAAAGCAUUUAUGUACAAUUAUACAUUUUGAGCUAAGUUCUGAAGUAAAUCUAACAUGAAACAUUUCUACUGUAAACCUUUGCUUCAAUCCUUUGUCGUUUAUAUAACUUUUUUCUACCAGCAACAUUUGUCAGACUAUUUUUGAUGAAAUAUAUUUUGAAAUGCCAAUAGAUGAAAGGUUUACUUUUUUAAAUAUUUGUAAAAUACUAACACUUUUUUAUUUGGUUGAUAGAAAAAUAUGUAAGUUUAACCACUCAGUAAUUCCCCUUUCCCAAUCAUGAAAAAAAAAAAUACAAUGACUUGUUUUAGCAUAUCAAGGUAAAGUUCUUGAAUGGUCUUAGAAUUUAUUUACUGCUGGAAUUUUCAUGUUAAUAUUGAAAGUUUGAUGUUUGUAGAUAGUCCUAGACUGUAAGAUGCUUCACUGGAGUACCAGCCAAAAGCUGGGAAACACAAUCAGUACAAUCAGUGCUGUGUAUCCUUGAUUUUAAGUGUCCUUCUAUGCUUGCUGUUUAUCUUGUACAUAUUGAAUAUACUGUCCAGGUUUUUUUUGUUGUUGUUGCUGUAUGUCAGGAAUACAUUAAGUAUUUGUAAUAAUACAGUUUGUUGGCUAACAAUUGUACUGAUUGUAUAUAGAUAACUGUUUUCAUACAGGAGGUCGUCACUGUUCAUUCUUUCCUCCCCCAAAAAUGUAAAACAUUUGAUUUAAAUAGAAACAGAACUUGAAAUGAAGGUUUACUACUUAAAUACAAUGCUUUCCAAAAUCAAUUUCAGACAUUUACAAGAUCUCUAAAAUGUUCCAAGACAGAUUAACAGUAAUUGUUUGUAGCUAGUAGAAACCAAUUAAGAGAGAAAAACUAAUUUCCACAAAACAUAUUGGAAAUGAAGGUCUCCAUUUUUACAUGACUAAAGAAUAUUUUUCUUUAGUGCCUUCUGCCAUUACAAUAGUAGAUCAGCUUAAUGGUAUCAAACUGUUUUACAUUAUAUUUUUUAACAAUUUUCCUCUCAAUCCUGCAAAAUGCAUUUUAAAUUCUCUAUGGUUUUUGGAGAAGAGAUGAGUGACAUUGGCGAGCCAUUUCGAAGACAACAGUAGUGAAAGACUUCUCAACUCAAACUACUUAAUCUGCUUUGUUGUGUAAAUAGAUUUUAUUUUUGCAUUGAUUUGAAGGACUUUUUUCCAUUGGAGUAAAAUAGAGAUAUAUUAUGUAUUAGUGCCUAAACAUAGUGGGAAUUAUUCUUGCAAAAGAUGCAUAAAACUGGCAUACAAACAAAAUAAAUAAAUAGUUCAUGAAAAAAUUAAGAAACAAAUGCAUGUUGCUUAUUUUAGGCCUACAUUUAAUAUGAAUGCCUAAAGAUACCUGUAACAUUCAAGGCAUUGAAAAUAUGAUUAAUUUACAAGCCUUCUUCAAAACAGGCUGCAUAUUGUCAAAUGCAGUUAAACUGGUUGGGGCUAGCUAAACCAAACAGUCAAUCAUGAGAUUCCUCCAAUCCAAGGAUAAGAUUACGUCCAUCAAGUGUUGAUAUGCUGAAGGUUGGUGUUUAUCACAUAGAUGUUCAAGCAUUAAGUGUUCAUUUAUUCAUUCGAGAACAUGAUACUUCUGAACCAAACUUAUGUAAAACCCAUCUUGGGACUGGUACAAAACCUCUGAGAAUCCUUGAUCUGUAUGUUUAUGUUUAAUAAAACUCACUUCUAAUACUC